AUGGCGGAUGACUGCGUUCAAUUAUUUCAAAGUGCCAACAUUGAGUUUAAAAAACAGAACUUUAAAAGGGCAGAAGAACUUUAUAACCAGUUUAUUUCGUCGUGUUCACAUUCCAGGGAACGUGAAGCUACGCAUUUGGCAACCGCAUACAACAACCGCGGACAAAUUAAGUAUUUCAGAGUGGAUUUUGACGAAGCGGUUGAGGAUUACACCUCGGCGAUACAAACUGACGACAAAUUUGAAGUAGCUUUCUACAACAGAGGACUAAUACAUUACAGACUGGGGUUUUUUGAAGAUGCCGUUAAGGAUUUCAGGCAAGCUUUAAAGCUCAACGAAGCCUUUGAGGAUGCCAAAGUCGGCCUUCGCCGCGCUCUGCUGGACCAACAGGACAAAACAAACAGAGGAUAUUGA